GAAGCGGCGGUGGAGCGGGCCCGCCAGGAUAACUUUCAGGGAUGGAUGACAGAGCCACUCAGCCAUUCUGCCAGGGCAGAACAGCUGCAGAAAAAGAGUACUGCGAUACAGAUGAUGAAGCAUGAAAAGGAAGCUGGUGUUCCUUCUAAUGAAUUUGGCUCAGCAAACGCAGUUACUGAGCAGAAAGGGCAAUCUACAGAGGAAAUGAGAAAAGAGUACAUAUACAGAAGUACUGGGGGACCUGAGGAGACAAAUAGGAUUACAUCGCUUGCGACAGAUGAGGAUGCUUCAAGAAAUUGUGAAAUAUAUUUACCUGUGUCUGUAAUCCUUCAGCAAUGGAGAUAUCUCUGGACAGUGAGGAGGACAUGUAUCGUGAUGCAGAAGAAAUAGAGAGAGAGAAAAUACUACUUGUUUGCAAGACGAGCUCUUCAGAAUAUAAACCAAGUGUUGCACCUGAAAUGGAUAUCAUGGAGUAUUGCAGAAAAGAAUGGAGAGGAAAUACACCACAAGCUACAUGUGACAUGUAUUGGGGAUAUGAAGCAGUUGCUCAGAAAUUUGCAUCAAUAAGGAGAGUACGUGGUGAUAUAUGUGCUCUCAGAGCAACUCUCUUCCAGGCACUAAGUCAAGCUACUCAGCUACCAACCUGGCUGCAGAGUGAGGAUUUUACCAAGCUUCCUGAGAACUUGUUGAGCAAAUAUGACUGGAUCAAGCAGUGGCAGCUAAAACAGAAACUAGGCAGGAGAUGGGAGAAAUAAGUGAUGAAUAAAAGAAUAUUAAUGCUACUAAGGAAAAAGUGGAAGUCUAUAAGUGAAAUCAAGGGUCCUAUUGAGAAACAAGAAGCAUGUGAUAAAUUGUUUAAAAAUGAAGAGGAGGAGUACAGUCUGUAUGAAGCUGAAUUUUUGAUGCUUAACACAGCCAUUGAGUUAUACAAUGAUGAUAAAAAUGGAAGGAGAGUUCCUGUUUUCUCAUGGUUACUGUUUGCACGGGAUACAUCCAGCAACCCUUGUCAGUUAAUGCAUAAUCAUUUGAAUCAAAUAGGUCACAGUGGAGGCCUUGAACAAGUGGAAAUGUUUCUCCUUGCUUAUGCUCUGCAGUACACCAUCCAAGUGUAUCGACUGUAUAAGUAUAAUACGGAUGAGUUCAUCACGCUUUAUCCCAAUGACCCAGAGGAGGACUGGCCUGUGGUGACUCUCAUAACUGAAGAUGACAGACAUUAUAAUAUUCCAGUCAGAAUGUGCCAAGAAACUAUGUUAUAAGGAAGAGAUUUUUAGCAGACACACCUGUGCUUAUUGAGGUUUCCAGUGCUGUUUUGAAACAGGAUGAUGAUGAAAUCUGUGUUAUUAAAUCUGCAACAACUUGAAACCCUUGUUUUAGAAGUUUACAUCUGAACUAAAAUAUCAGAUUCCGUUCUAAGAAUAAAUGAGUAAAAAUUUUGGAAGCAUGGCUUGUUACCAAAAAAAAAAAAAAAGUAAAAAUACGGAAACUUCUGCAGUCUUGGUUUUUUUAAUUUAUUUUGAAGGGUUUACUCUGAAUAGAAAUGCAAAAGCUAUAGACUUUCUUCUUUUAAGAAGAUGCAUGAGGCUUUGUAGUAGGACAUGAGCUGACUUGUGCUCUCCGAAGUAAUGAGGAACUUUUCUAGACACUUAAAUUCAUCAGUAAGCUGACAGUGUCCUGACUGAUUUUGUAGUGCUGCACAGAAGCAAUUUGUGUAAAACCUGGGUCUCGGGAAACAGUAUAAUUCUUUUGCAGUUGAAAUUUUACAUCUACCAUGGUUUUUAUGCUGUAAGAGAGAUGCUUAUUUGAAGUUCCUAAUGCUUCAGGGUUUUUCUAGACAUGAAUAUUGCAUUUAGAAGCCAGACAUUUGUUACACUGAAAAUGAAGAGCUUUUCCGCUUUCAGCCCCUAGAGAGGAUCAUGGCAGCAGGACUUGAUGAUAAAGCAGUAUAGACCCGUUUGUUAAUAGGUGAUGAAUGCAAAACUGACACAGAAUCUGUCUUCAGUUACAAUAGCUGACAGGAGAUGACCACCACAUGCCCGCUAACUUACAUGUCUGUUCAUGUACUGUUUCUGUAAUGUUAAGCUUUACUGGUAACUGCUGUGGAGAACAUCAGGGUUUUAAUUCACAAAGGCAGUGCUGUAUGUGGAAGUAAAUUUAUGCUGUCACUUCUCUGCUUGUUGGAGGAGCAGGUGGGAGGUUCUAUGUUUCUGCUUUCUGUGUUCAAAUUCUUUCAAUUGAAAGAAUACAGAAUGUGUCAGGUGCUGGCAUAGCUAAAAGAAAUACAACCUUCACCUUAAAGUGGAAGUUUGCCCUACAGAUGAUUGUCGUACAAGAGUGAUGUUGAUGUAAUGCCAGUCAUACACAGAUCACCUGGCUUCUUUUGGAAGGUCUUAUAUAAAAGGGAUAAGAUUACAAAAGCUACUAUUCAUUCAACUAUUCUGGAGGAAAUGAUAUGCAAAACUUCAAAAUCUUCUGGUUUUACUGAAAAUUAGUGCAUUAAUUUUAUUUUAUUGUGAAAGAUAAUGAGAAUGUAUAUUCACUGCAUUCUAAAAUGUUAUUUAGAUGCAUCUUAAUGUGGUCUGUCAUGUACUCAGUGUUGUAUGUUACCUUCACCUUGUAAAACUAGUCUGGUCUGUUCCAGAAAAGUUUCUGGGAGCUACAGCAAAAGCAAAUAAACUCAUCUGGCAGUA